AACAAACUUUUAAAGAAGAAAUAACACCGGCUUUGCAGGUGUCGCCACUGAGAGCCCCAUAUUAUCACCCAUGAUCAACCCCACCAUGUUCUUCAACAUCGCUGUCGAUGGUGAGCCCUUGAGGUGUGUCUCCUUUGAGCCUUUUGCAGACAAGUUUCCAAAGACAGCAGAAAACUUUCAUGCUCUGAGCACUGGAGAGAAAGGAUUUGGUUAUAAGGGUUCCUGCUUUCAGAGAAUUAUUCCAGGGUUUAUGUGUCAGGGUGGUGACUUCACAUGCCAUAAUGGCACUGGUAGCAAGUCCAUCUACAGGGAGAAAUUUGAUGAUGAGAACUUCAUCCUAAUGCAUACAGGUCCUGGCAUCUUGUCCAUGGCAAAGGCUGGAUCCAACACAAACAGUUCCCAGUUUUUCAUCUGCACUGCCAAGACUGAGUGGUUGGAUGGCAAGCAUGUGGUCUUCGGCAAGGUGAAAGAAGGCAUUAAAUUUGUGGAGGCCAUGGGGGACUUUGGGUCCUGGAAUGGCAAGACCCGCAAGAAGAUCACCACUGCUGAUUGUGGACCACUCUAAUAAGUUUGACUUGUGUUUU